AGUGUCGGUUGGGCGCGCGGCGCGGGCCGGGGGUGCCGCCACCAUGCCGCUCGCCUCGCCCCGCACCCUGGAGGCGCUGAAAUACGUCGAGCUCCAGCGUCUUGCCAAGGCCGUCGGGCUGAGGGCCAACCUCCGCGCAGACAAACUGUUGGAAUCAUUGAAGCAACACUUCAAAGAAACAGAACAAGAAAAUAUGGAUCCUGAAAAGAGUGCAUCUGCUUCCAUCAAAUUGGAUGAACUGAGCAAUCAGAAAAUUGGGCCUGAUUCAGGGUGUUUUAUUACAAAAAGAUAUUGCAAUGAAAAGAAAAUAACCAGAAAAAAGAGGAACUUCCAUGAGGAAACUAAUACCAGUGAAGAAAACCCAGUGCUUUCUGAUGAGAAAGAGGUGCAUUCUGAAAUGAAAGAAAACGAAGAGCCUCAGGAUGAGCAUAAAAAGGGACAGAAUGUAUUCCGAAACAAGAAACAAGUAACUGAAAAGAGGGCUAUUGAGAAUGCAGGGAUGGGUACUGGUCAGAAGAAACAAGCUGAGAAGACUUCUACUAAAAUCAGGGGAGAUGAAUGUGAUGCUCAUCACGCAGGAGGGAAGACCCCUUUAUCUGUAGGCCAUGCAUCUAGGUCUGCAAAAACAGGGACGAAAGCUACUACACCAAACUUUAAAAGGUUGCACGAGGCUCACUUCAAGAACUUGGAAUCUAUUGCUGAUUACAUGGAGAGAAAAAAAAAAAGGCAUGAAAACUGUACCAGUUCGCUCAGCACAGCCAAGAAACGAGCCAGUGGCAAAGCACUUUUAUUCAGCCCAAAUCCUGCAAGAGGUAGAUUCUCUACCACCUGCACUCCUGGUAACCUCCGGCGCUCACCACGCAAUUCUCUGAAUGCUGCAAAUCGGAGUAUUUUAUCCCAGAAAUCUUCAUUUAAUCCUUCUGUUCUUUCAACAUCCAAAAUGAAUGUCAGGUUCUCAGAAGCCACAAAAGAUAAUGAGCACAAACGCUCUCUUACCAAGACUCCAUCUCGAAUGUCUCCAUACAUGCAGGAGAUUUGCACACCUGACACUCAAAAGAACUGCAAACCAAUAAGUCAGAAAAACAGCAAGGGAAAUGCAAGAAAUAAUGAUCUGACUGCACCAAAGGGUAAAGUGGAUGUUAUCACUCCCUUCAAGUUUGGAGCUCAAUCUGCAGAACCCACAAGCACAAAAAAGACAUUUGAUCUCAAAGCAAGUCUCUCGAGGCCACUUCGGUAUCAGCCACAUAAAGGACGAUUAAAGCCAUGGGGAGAUUUUAAAGAAAACACUGUCCUCAAUAAGUCUGGUGGUAGCAAUAUCUCUUCACGUAAGAAAGAUUACAAACAGCCACAUCUCCAGACAAGGGAAGAAAGGCGUGAGAAACAUGAGCAAGAGAGAAAAAAGAAAAAGGCUCAGGCUCUCGGAAACCGUAGAGGAGUAUCUGUGUGUUAGGAUGAAUAAGAAGUAACUAAGAAAUCACUGUAAAUACUGGUCCUGUCAUGUAAAUAUUUGUGUUGUCUGUAUGGUUCAGGUUGCUAUCAGCUAGUGGAAUCCAGAGAGCAGUUAAUGAGACAUUGUAUCUGAGCAUAUUUCUGUGAUCAACUUCUCCAAUGGGAUGAGAGUUCUAGACUUUCAGGAGCUUAGACCUCUCUCUUGUUGCUUCAUAAUGUUUCAACUAAUUUAAAUGAACAUGUUAAAGAAGAAAAUGUAAGUGAAAAAAAGAUGCUCAAGAAGCCUCCUUGCAGAACAGACUUCUGCACCAGCAUUUGUUGCCUCCUAGAAUGCAGGCUUUGGAUAACAAGCAUCAAAAUGUUCCACUUGUAAAUUACAGGAAUUGGAGAUACCUAUUCUCUGGAUCAAUCCUUAAAUUCUCUAAAAGUUACAGCAAUUAUUCAGCAUUUCUAAUUGCAUGCUUAUGGCAUAGUAGAGAAUUUCAAAGAGAAGAAAAAAUAUGCAAGCUCUCUGGAAAACUAAAAGCUUGCAGCAUAACAUAAUUAUAAGCUAUCUUAUUUUAAAAUAAGUCACAACCGAGAAUUUACAGAUUACCAACUGAAUGCUUUGAACAGUUAAGGUUGUUUUGUUCCUUUCUAUGGUAAAUAGCAAUGCUAACAAAAUUAUUUUGCUUUUUAUUCCUGUGAUGCUUAAAAGAGAUCGUAGUAGUGUUGAAGCACAUUCAAUACCUUAGAUUUAAAAGCAGUUGUUAUUUUUUACUUUUAAAAAAUACAUAGAUAAGCUUUCUGGAUUUGUUAUGGAUAGAACUGGAAGAGUAAUUUACCAGUUGUAAUCUCAGAUAUUGACCAAAUAAAUGUUUCACUGAA